CGAUUGGCACGCGCUCUGUGGAUAUUGCUUAUAGAUCUACGGAUGAACUAAGCGUAAAUUUACCCUACCUUACCUUGAGGGGCUGGUGAUCUUUCAGCGCUUACACAAUCGACCAACAUUUGAAAGCAAUUUGUAAACAAAUACAGAUCAUUGCGCGAACAUUCUAGUGUUCAUAAGACACACAGUGAAUCGCUGCUGCCUGAUGUUAAAGAUCGCGCUUGACCCAUGCAACAGCGACUGCGUGUUAAAGUUUGGCUCUGUGAAUCGGUUUGUUUUCCUGGAUGCUGGUUUUAUUUACAUGGAUUAAGGCACACUGGCUGAAACUCUGGCAUCUUACAGGAGGACUUGAAUGAGCUGAGGAUGGCGGAUAUUAGGACGUAUAAUGUGGUUAUUUUGGGAAUAGGAUUUUUGCUAAUUUUUACAGCCUUCACCACCUGCGGUAAUAUCGAACAAACAGUGGUGAAAAGCUUGAAUAGCACUAACUUCACUGGGAGUGGCUAUCACAGCCUUGGAAUAAUAUAUGGAGUUUUUUCAUUCUGCAACGUGUUAGCUCCCACUAUCGUUGCAAUAAUCGGACCGCAGUUUGCAAUGUUCAUGAGCGGAGUUCUUUAUAGUGGUUAUAUAGCUGUUUUCAUCAUUCCAUCCACAUGGUCCUUUUAUUUCACUUCGGUGAUAAUUGGCAUUGGAGCAGCCAUGCUUUGGACAGCUCAAGGGCACUUUCUAGUGGAGAACUCUGAUGCUUCCACCAUCAACAGGAACACAGGACUGUUUUGGGCUUUACUGCAGUGCAGUAUGUUGUUUGGAAAUCUAUACGUUUAUUUUGAUUGGAAAGGAAAAACUGAAAUUUCAGAUAGAGACAGAAAGGUCAUGUUUAUUGCUCUGCUGGUUAUCUCAGCACUCGGGACACUGAGUUUUCUUGCAUUGAGGAAGGUCUGUCAGCAGGAAGAGGUUCUCUCUGAAGAGGAGGGCCAGUCUCUGUUAUCAACGAGAUUGAAAUAUAAACAGAGAGCAACAUCUGCUGUGAUGGAAGCUAAAACCGAGUUUAAAACAAUUUUGGAAAUCUUCAAAACAAAAGCCAUAUUGUUAUUAAGUUUCUGCAUGGCAUACAGUGGCUUGGAGCUGUCAUUUUACAGUGGUGUUUAUGGAACCUGCAUUGGAGCUACAACACACUUUGGAGAUGCAGCAAAAGGCUUAAUCGGCAUUUCAGGCAUUGUGGUGGGAAUCGGAGAAAUAGUUGGGGGAGGAUUGUUUGGCCUUGUAUUGAAGAAUAACCGUUUCAGGCGCACUUCAGUUGUCUUUUUAGGCAUGGUUGUGCACUUUGUGGCCUUCUACUUGAUAUUCCUCAACAUACCAGAUGAUGCACCUGUGGUUUUCCAAACAAGCUCACAGCAUAAGCCAUAUCUGAUACCAAGCGUGUCGAUUGCCCUGCUGUGCAGCUUCCUGCUGGGUCUUGGGGACAGCUGUUUCAACACUCAACUCUACAGCAUUCUGGGCCGGAUGUUUGCUGAGCAGAGCGCUCCAGCCUUUGCUAUAUUCAAAUUCAUACAGUCUAUUUUUGCAGCUGUGGCGUUCUUCUACAGUGGUUAUAUUCUGCUGACCUGGCAGCUCCUCGUGAUGGUCGUCAUGGGAUUUACUGGAACGCUGUGUUUUUUCAUGGUGGAGAGGAUGCAGAAUAUGUCAGCUGACACACAGGAGUAUUAGAUUAGAGUCUUUCUCAGGACACAUUUGAGUAAAUCUGAUGUAAAAUAAUGUUGUUUGUAUAAAACACUACACGUGACUUGUGCAAAAGUGCCUUUGUUUUUGUUGGACUUUGGGACUUUAAUAUACAGGUGGGAUUACAAUGAUUAUUUUUUUUAUUUACAUUCCAUGAUAGAAAAAUAUUAGUUGGAGCUGCAUUAGAACGUUCUAUCUUUAAUGUGAUUGUUUUACGUUAAAUUUGAUAUUUCAAAUGAUAUUACAUAGGAGCACUUGGUUUGGAUAUGCUCAUGUUGUGUUGACUGACGUGACAGUCAUCUUAUACUGACUUACACCUAAUGACUUAGUUACAGCAUCAUGCAAAAGCAAAUUUGGUAUUUCGCUUGACUUAUUUAUUCCAUGAGUGAAAGUGUCAGAUUAGAGCCGGGUUAGCAAAAUAAAACUAAUAUUUAGCUGGUCAUGUGAUUUCAUGUCUGCUCCCAUGAUUGGACCUGCUCCAUGUAAAAUAUUACAGCUUUUAUUAUGCUGUAAUAUUAUUAUUACUGCACCUUGUGUAAAAUGAUGUUGGUGACAGUCAGAUGAUGGCUCAGUAAUUAAACUCUAAACUGAAAUAUAUGUACACCAUUAUACACCAUACAACUUCUACUCAUUAGUUUGGAAUCAUUAAGGUGUACCGUAUUUUUGAAAGAAGUCUCUUUUCUUAUAUAAAGAAAAAAAUGUAAUUGUCUACACAAAGUGGAGCUGUAUCAUUUCAGUUAAGAAAGCAUUUCUCUCAGGGUCCUGCUAAAUAAUUGUAGGAUUUUAUUAGGAUCUUCAACUCUAAAAGGCUAAUGGCAUGCCAGUUCACUUUCAGAUUUCUUUUCUAAAAGGAUACUCUAUAUACACUCUGUGUUCUUUAUUGUGAACCAUUUUAAAGUUGUUAAAGUCAUACCAGUUAAACUUAUUCAGAUAUUGAAAGUAUUAGACAGCCAGACAGUGAUGUCAUGAGGACUCUGUCACAAGACGGGUUUAAAUAAUGUUUACACAAAGGUCAUCUUCAUGACAAGUGUCUUGAAGACACAAGUCUUCUAGGCUAUUUAAUGUGGUCAUACAUCACAAAUCACAAAAGUGCUGUUUGUUGUAAACCAGUGUUUAUUUGAAACAACAGCUCUCCCUUUUGUAAGAUUCAAUUGCAUAUAAGGAAGCAAAAUAAUAAAUGAAGCAAACUUUACAUUACAUUUUACAUUGCAUAAAAUGCGCUUAACAUUACCUAAAUAUCUUGUUAUGCAUAAUACAUGAUGUAGUUCAUUUGUUAUGCAUUUGGUUUUAAUGUGUAAUUUCAAUUUGUACUACACCCCUGCUACACAUUAGAAUAAUUUAUGUGUCAUAUUGUAAAUAUUUGUGUUCAGAUUUAAUCCUCAUUGUGACAUUUGAUUUUUGAAUUUGUAAUUGACAAUCAAUAUGAAAUGUUCUAACCUUCUGGGUUUUAUUUUAUGCUUCAAUGCAUUUCAAUAAAGAUUUAUUAUUAUUGGUAUUAUAA